AUGAGCAGAAAUGACUCGAUUAUAGAGGCGGGACAGCAUGUUCUUAUACGCUUACCUUCAGAAGGUUUAAAGAUUGUACAUCUACAAACAUCGGGUUUGAUUGGUUUGGGGAAGUUUGGUACUUUUGAAGUUGCGCAUAUUCUAGGUCAACCACUUGGUUCAUCUUUUGAGAUUUUGGAAAACAAUACAGUCAGGCGUAUCAAAAGUCUAACUGAGACUUUAAAUGAUGACGAUCUUCCCGAUGAGGCUGCACAAAAGGAGGAAUUGACCAAGAUGUUCAGUAAUAGUGCAGAGAAUAAUCAAAAUAUUCUUGAUAUCGGCGAAAAAAUUCAAAGCUUGAGCAAGAAAGAUAUCGAUGAGUUAAAGAAAAGUGGAGCAUCCUCGAAUAUAGGCCAGACUAUUAUUGAGAAGAUUAUUGCUGGACAUGGCGGGUUUGACAAAAAGACGCUUUUCUCCCAACAAAAGUAUUUGAAAAGAAAGCAACAAAAGUUUUUGAGGCGAUUCACUGUGGACUACUUGGGCGCAUCACGAUUGUUGGAAUACUACAUUGAAAAGGAUGCAUACAGAAUGCAAGGGUUAUCUAUUGAAUCAUUGGGAUUAAUGAUGUCGUAUGCAAAUAUCAGACCGGGUGGGAAAUACUUGGUUAUUGAUGAAAUCAGUGGGGUUCUCACAUAUGCUUUAAUGGAAAGAAUGCAGGCCCAAGGUACACUCGUUUUACUCCAUGAGAAUGAGCACUGCAAUUUAAAUGCAUUGAAAUACACCGACUAUCCCGAAGAUGUUGUAAACGGCAUCGUAAAACCAAUCAACUGGCUUCAAUUCACCGAGCCUCAAAAUGAAAGAAUUAAACCAGAGGACCUGGUUGAAACAGAUUUCACAAAGAGCAAAGCUCGGGAACAAUUCAUCAAAAGGCGAGAACGUGCCAACAAUAUCAAUACUGUUAUUGAUUUAGUUGAACAAAACAAUUUUGAUGGGUUCAUUUCGAUAUCUACACUCUAUAUGCCAGAUGUAAUGGACUUUGUGCUUCCUAGAAUUGGUGGAUCGCGACCAAUUGUCGUCUACAAUCAAUACAUGGAACCACUUGCUGACCUUCAGAGAAAAUUCCAAAGCGAUAAACGUGUUUUGGCUCCUUCUAUGUUCGAAACAAGAGUAAGGCCAUAUCAAACUAUCCCAGGAAGGAUGCAUCCUUUAAUGACAAUUCGAAGUGGCGGUGGUUAUGUAUUAUGGGGAACCAGAGUCAUACCUAAUGAUCUAGUUGUUGCAGUUGGUAAAGGUAUUAAAAGGAAACACGAGGAUUCACCUGAGUCAUCUGAAGUAAAAGAUGCAGCUGAUGUCAAAGAUUCGCCAAUUGGUUGA